AAAUUUAAGGUAAAUUCUGUGUUUAAGGAAGUUGAUGUGGAUGCUUUUAGUAUAGCUAACUGUGAGCACCAUUCAAAAUAUUUAACCCAAUUUCCCAAAAGGGUAACUAUGUUCGUUGCUAACUAAUAACAUAUAGAAGGAAAUGCAUAUUCUAGUGAGUGAAUACCGGUCCUUAUUGUGGAUCGCAUAUAUGCCUAAGGUAGGCCCUAAUUGUAAGCUCAAAAUUAUAUUACAGGUUUAUUGUUGUUCUUGUAUUGUUUAAUGUUAAUGUUCUGGCUAAUUGAGCUCCUUUAUGAAUAUUUAAUGUAGGUGUCCAUUUGUAACAUUCCAUAUUUGCAAUAUUUUGCAUUUGUAAUAAUAUCUAUAUUUCAGUAGAGGAAGGACUAGCUAGGGUUUAGUAAGAAAUAACUCCCCUUACAUGGUAUUGGAACCGUUUCUUUCCGUCCCAUUUUCAUUUUCUCAGGGAGAAAGCCCUUUGUCAUCACUGCCUAAGUGUCCAGUCAAAAGCUUCCAAUCCUGAAUCAUAGAGAAAGCUUUGGAAAUCUAAGUAGAACUAAAGUUGAAUAUGUGAGAUAGACUUGCUCUGUUUCAGUAAUUUGUGAUUUGAAGUCUAUGCAUUAAGGAUUAUCAGGAGCAAUUUCACUGAUCCUAUGGGAAACCUCAAAUCUUGGGACAAUGGAGAUCCAUGUACAUCAAAUUGGACAGGCGUAUUUUGUGCUACAUCAAAUGAUGAAUACCUACAUAUAGAACAACUGCAAUUGUUAAAUUAUAAUUUAUCUGGAGUUCUGGCACCUGAGCUUGGUCUUCUGUCGCAAUUGAAAAUUAUGGAUUUUAUGUGGAAUGCGAUAAGUGGAACUAUCCCAAAGGAGAUAGGCAAUAUUACAUCCUUGAGGCUUCUACUUCUAAGUGGCAACAAGUUAUCUGGCUCUUUACCUGAUGAGAUUGGCAAUCUUCCUAGAUUAAAUAGGUUACAAAUAGACGAGAACCAUAUUUCAGGGCCAAUACCCAAAUCAUUUGCUAAUUUGAGAAAUAUAAGUCAUUUACACAUGAACAACAACUCAUUGAGUGGGCAAAUUCCAUAUGAGCUGUUUACACUGCCAGUCUUAUUACAUCUUCUGGUGGAUAACAAUAAUUUAUCUGGAUUGCUUCCCCCGGAACUUGGAUCGCUGCCAAAUCUGAGAAUCCUUCAGCUUGAUAACAAUAAUUUCAGUGGCAGUUCCAUUCCAGCUUCAUACAGCAAUAUGACAACACUUGUAAAAUUGAGUCUUAGGAACUGCAACUUGCAUGGAACUAUUCCUGAUUUGAGUAGGAUGCCUCAACUUGGCUAUUUGGAUCUUAGUUGGAACAUGUUGAAUGGAUCCAUACCAUCUAAUCUUGCAAUUUACAUAACAACUAUUGAUCUAUCACACAACUUUCUUAAUGGAACAAUCACUUCAACCUUUAAUGGACUUCAUAAGCUCCAACGGGUGUCCCUCCAGAAUAAUCAACUGGUUGGUUCUGUUCCAUCCUCUAUUUGGCAGAGCAGAGCUUUCAAUCCAAAUGACACAUUAAUCUUGAAUUUCCAGAAUAAUUCUCUUACAAAUAUAACUGCUGCUGACUGUCCUUCAAAUGUCACUGUAUUGUUAUUUGGAAAUCCUCUGUGUAUCAAUGCAAGCCAACUCAAUAUAGUUCAUUUAUGUCAACCAAAGAGUGUCAAUCAAACUUCUGAAGGUCCAACAACAUAUCAAAAUACUUGUCCCCCUUGCCCAGUAGAUGAACAUUAUGAGCGCAACCCAUUAUCUAUGUCAUGCCAAUGCUCCCUACCACUCACAGUUGCAUUUCGGUUGAAAAGCCCAGGAAUAUCAGAUUUUCCACCGUAUAUGAAGGAUUUUGAAUCCCAUCUGACCUCACUUUUGCACCUGCUGUCUCACCAAUUGUACAUUGAGUCGUACAUGUGGGAGAGUGGGCCAAGGCUGAAUAUGAGCUUAAAGUUAUUUCCUAAUAGUUCUAGUCUAUUUAAUAGCAGUGAGGUUGUUCGUCUUGCGGGCACCCUAGCUUCAUGGGAAAUUCACAUUUCAGAUGUUUACGGACCAUAUGAGCUUCUUAGCCUCUCGCGGGGGCCCCGUGAAAGUGAUUCUUCAAAAUCAAGGUUAAGUAAAGGUGCUUUGGCGGGCAUUUUGUUGGGGGCUAUUGUAGGUGCUGCUUCUCUAUCUGUGAUGUUAACAGUUCUCAUCAUGAGGAAACAUCCCAGAUAUUACUCCAUUUCAAGGAAAAAAUCUUCUGUGACAACUCUGAAACUCAACAAUGUAAAAUGCUUCACUUUUGAAGAAAUGGUCCUAGCUACAAGAAAUUUCUGCAAAUCCACUCAAGUAGGCCAAGGAGGGUAUGGAAAGGUAUAUAAAGGAACAUUAGAUGAUGGAAGGCUUGUAGCCAUAAAAAGAGCACUAGAAGGAACUUUACAAGGUUCAAAGGAGUUCUUGACAGAGAUAGAGUUUCUGUCAAGGUUGCAUCACCGUAACUUAGUUUCUUUAGUUGGAUACUGCGAUGAACAAAAUGAACAGAUGCUGGUCUAUGAGUUUAUGUGUAAUGGUACUCUACGUGACCACCUUUCUGAGAAGCGAAAUGAAUCUUUGAGUUUCUCGAAGAGGUUGCACAUUGCUCUGGGUUCAGCUAGGGGCAUUCUGUAUCUACAUUGUGAAGCAGAUCCUCCUGUAUUUCAUCGUGAUAUUAAAGCAAGCAACAUACUAUUGGACUCUAAAUUUCAUGCUAAAGUAGCUGAUUUUGGCAUCUCAAGAUUGGCCCCUGUACCGGACAAGGAUGGAAGCAUACCUGGCUAUGUAUCAACUGUUGUAAAGGGCACGCCAGGUUACCUUGAUCCAGAGUAUAUUCUAACUCAUCAGCUGACAGACAAAAGUGACGUGUACAGUCUUGGGGUUGUAUUCCUAGAACUUCUGACUGGGAUGCGACCAAUUUCACAUGGCAAAAACAUUGUAAGAGAGGUUAGAAAUGCUUGUCAAUCGGGAUUGAUGUUCACACUUGUCGACAACCGCAUGGAAUUUUAUUCUUCAGAAUGUGUGGAAAAAUUCAGUUCUUUAGCAAUACAAUGUUGCUCAGAUGAGACUGAUGCAAGGCCAUCAAUAUCGGAGGUUGUGGCUGAGUUGGAGUGCAUACUUCAAAUGUUGGGAGAUGAUAGUUCACAUGAGGCUCCUGCAACAGGUUCAAUUAAGACAGUCUCAAGCUCAUCUUUGUUAUCAGAAAGUUCAGGUACGGAACCUCUUGUCAGCGGCUCAAUCUCUACCAUUACAGGUCAUUGACACCACCGCAGUUAAUAUCCAUCCAUGUUUAUUUUGCUAUAUUCUUCAAAAAAAAAAAAAAAUCACACCUUUCUUCCAAGUUCAAAUUAGAGAUCGAGAUAGAAAAGAAAGCGGUAUACUAUCGGUAGGAAUUAUGAAAAAGUGGAUGCAACACUUUUGAUGAUUAUCUAUACGGAAUUUAAAAAAUCAUCAUAUUAACUGGGGGCGUGGGUUGAUGAGAAUAAUGAUUAAAUUACUAAUGUUACUAACACACUCCCUAUUUGUACUUUUGUAAA